AUGAAGUUCUUAUUAGGUAUUGAUAAUGAAGUUCUUAUUAUUGAGAACAAUGAUGAGACUUCUAUUUGGACUCAAAGGCAUGAAGAAAUUUUCAUUGAACUUAUGGAAGAAGAAGUUUUAAAGGGAAAUAAGAAUACCACAACAUUUACAAAGCAAUCAUGGAAAUAUAUAAAGGAAGAGCUUUGUGCACGAGCAAAAAGAAAUUAUAGUGAUAUGCAACUAAGGAACAAAUACAAUCAAUUAAAGCAAAAGCAUAAGGAUUUUAAGUCUUUAUUGAAAGAGACUGGUAUGGGAUACAAUGCAGUGACUGGAGAAGUUAGUGCGACUGAUGAAGUUUGCGAUAAACUUAUUCGGUCUGCUAAAAGAUUUAGAAAGAAAUGUUGUAAGUUUUAUGAGAAAUUAUGCACUAUCUUUAGUGAUACUACUGCAACUGGUGCCAAUGCUCAUCCUUCAAUUCGAAGUCCUUCUAAUGAUGGAGAUACUAAUGAUGAUGAUGCAACGUCGAUAAGUCCUUCUACUAGGAAUGAAGAAAGUGGUUUUGAUGAGGAUGGUAGCAAAAGAAGAGGUAAAUCAACUGCCACUUCGAACUCUCGAUUAGUAAAAAGAGCAAAGUUCUCAUCAGCUUUGGCAGAUGCACUGGCAACACAUAAUGAAACUGCAAAGCGAAAGACAGAAUUGAUAGAGAGAUCAAUGGCAACAUCUGCAUCACAUUACUUAUUGGAUGAGAGUGUUGAAGCUCUUAAUCAAAUUGAUGGAAUUAGUGGAGAAGUAUACGCAAAAGCUAUUGAGAAGUUUGAGAACGAGGAUAAAAUAUCUUUCAACGUUGCUCGGUUCAACAAGGAUAAUUUACUGGACGAUUCAGAUGAUGAGUUUGGAGAGAUUUUUCUAUAUUUUGCUUGCGAGGAAUAUAAUCAAUUAUAUAUAUCUAAGCAACCUUGUAGAAAUUCAAAUUGUGUUGGAGCUAUAGAUGGAACUCAUAUUUCUGCGCAUGUUCCAAUUGAUGAACAAAUACCAUAUCGAGGUCGGAAUGUGGAUACAACUCAGAACAUUAUGUGUGUAUGUUCAUUUGACAUGAAGUUCACAUGCAUUGUCCCUGGAUGGGAAGGAUCAGUUAAUGUUGCACGAAUUCUUCUAGAAUGUGCCACAAACCCAGAUUAUGAAUUUCCAAUGCCGCCCCAAGAAAAAUAUUAUCUUGUUGAUUCUGGCUAUACAAACAUGCCUGGUUUUCUUUCGCCAUAUCAAGGGGAAAGGACAAAUGCAGAAGCAGGUGUAUAUUUUGAUGGAGGUGAAGGAAAUUAUGAGAUACAGGUCACUACUUUACAAAGCACGGAUGGAACUUUGACUGAUAGUGUAGAGUUCAGUAUUUCUAGAACUCAUAUACGUGAAAUGGCUCAUGUUCGUGAUGAAAUUGCUGACCAUAUAUGGAGAUCUAGUUGA